UAUUGUUGAAUACGAAUGCUGUUUUUUCCACAGUGGAAGUGUGAUAUCGCAGUCAGGAAUCUGACUAUCUGCUUAUUGAUAGACGGAAGGAAUCUACUGCUACAGCGUUAUUCUACACUGGAAACAGCGCAUGUCGCCGAUCUGAUUCAGGCUUUAGGCUGAGAGAGGAUGCACACUACUCGCAGUCCAACGUCCAUCCAGUCUGGAAUGGCUGGCGACGCGCUGGAUCUGAGCUUGAGCGGAUCGCAGCUUUCCAUGGGCCGCAGACCCAGCAGUGCCUCACCGGGAAAACACUUCACCCGCUCUAUAUCCGUGUCUGUGGCCAGCGAUGGACGUGGCAAACGCAACACUCCAGUUGAUGGUGGGUUUGGGAGUUCCCGUGCCAUUAAGAAUCUGCGGCGAUCGAACAGCACCACACAGGUGAACCAGCAGGUCAACGCUAAACUCAGUGAGGGUCAGUCAGAGGAUUUCUUGGCUCUGUUUGACAGCAGCACUGAUGGUCGGCGAAAACUAGCCAGCCUCUCUAAGGCCUCCCCAGACCACACAACAUGGAACAUUCUGGAUGACCAGCCACGAGCGUUCCCGUUGCCCUCCAGCUCUCGCAGCACCUGCAGUAUGGAUUCCCCCACUGGCCUGAAGAAGAGAGAUUCUGGUGUCUCCCUGGCUGAUAACUUCACUGCCAACAACAGGAGCAGUAAAGCAGCUGUGGGGAACUCUGUGACCACCAUGCUGCACAACAACCACUCAGACAAGCCUCUCACACCCAAGAGCUCCAAUCAGAAACCCUGCUUCAAUAACAUCAUUAAAGCCACAGUGAACGAUGAGGGCACGUUAGAGAGCAGCUCCCUCACUAAGUCUCAGAAGAACUUCUCAGCUUCCUCAGGCUCCAAUAAUAAUGUCUCCAGCUCCCGAAGCCCUCGCAGUCCUCGCAGACGAGAGGUCACAGAGGAGGAGGCGGAGAAGUUUAUCCAGCAAGUCAGCCAUGCAGCCGUCACUAUCCAGCGCUGGUAUCGGCGCCAUGUCGGCAGGAGAAACGCAAAUGAAACUGCCCUCAAGCAACUGCUCACUUCCAAAAGAAAGGAAAGGGAGCAACAACAGGGGGUUGAAAAGGCUGUGAAAUCGCAGAAAAAGAAAGAAGAGGACAGGAAACGCAUCAGAGAGGAGAAGGCCCGUCUGGCCCGUCUCACUGCUAUCCAGGAGCUGCAGCAAAAGAGGGCACAGCGAGCUGAGGAGGUAAAGAGAAUAGCAGAACAGGAAGUGGAUGCCCUGCAACAGGCUGGGAAAGUGGGGCGUAUGAAACUCACUCAGAGUUUGCCUACCUCUCCUACAGCCGCCAAGGCCAAGAACACAGAUUCCAAUGUGAAUUUAGAGAGUGAAUUAGAAGAUGUUGCCAAUCUGAGGGCAGCUUCACCCACAAUGUCGACACGAAGAGGCUCUCAGUGUUCUCAGGAGAUUCUGCAGCGGUCUGUGAGUGUAGAGGACCAGCGACAGGGGGCACCAUCGAGCAGAGCUCAUUCUAAAACAACACUCAAUGACCUGCUCGAUUCCCUCAAACUCCUAGAAGAGGGACCAGAGAGACUCUCAGAGGCUAAGAGCUACAGGAAGGAGAAAUACGCCUGGAUUGAUGAGGACGGAGGGUCCAUCACUCUAACCACAGAUAAUGUGGAGAGACACGGACAGCUGAGCCAGAGCCCUGCCCUGUCAGACAGCGGAGCUUUACUCUCUGAGGCCAAGCUGCAGAGCAUCAUGAGCUUCCUGGAUGAGAUGGAGAAGUCUGAGCAGGAGAGGCCACGUUCAGUAACCUCAGGAUCACACAGAGAGGUGCCGUUGUCUGAGGAGGAGCUAGCUGCAGUGGAUCAGGCUUCUGCUACUGCUGCAGAGGUUACCGGCUCUAUGAUGAGACUCAAACUGGAGCUGGAGGAAAAGAAACGCACCGUCACCAUGCUACAGACUGCACUGACUCAGCAGAGAGAGCUGACGCUCCAUCACGUGAAAGAGACGGAGAAGGAGCUCAACCACAGCUUCCAGCUGCAGAAACAGCAAUAUGAGGCAACAAUCCAAAGACACCUUGCUUUCAUCGAUCAGCUGAUCGAUGACAAGAAGGCCCUGAGUGAGCGCUGUGAGGGUGUGGUGGCCGAGCUCAAACAAGUAGACCAGAAAUACACAAAAAAGAUCAACCAGAUGCAGGAGCAGCAUGAACUGGUGUGGCAAAUUCUGGGUCCCUUGUGUGAGGAAAUUAAAAAACUUAAAGAAUUAAUGAGUGCCACAGAAAAGAUCAGGCGAGAGAAGUGGAUUGAUGAGAAGACCAAGAAGAUCAAGGAAAUCACUGUCAAAGGCCUGGAGCCAGAGAUCCAAAAGCUGAUCUCCAAGCACAAGCAGGAGCUGAAGAAGCUGAAGGUGCUGCACGAGGCCGAAUUGCUGCAAGCAGAUGAGAGAGCAGCACAGCGCUAUGUCCGACAGAUCGAGGAGCUCCGAGAGCAGCUGGAGAGAGAGAGAGACGAACAGUGCCAGCGUGAGAGGGAGCUCGCCAAGCAAAGGUUUGAGAAGCAGCUACAAGAAGAAGAGAAUGCAUUACAGCAGCAGAGGAGACGACUCUACAAGGAAGUCGCUGAUGAGAAAGAGCGUCUUGCUCAACAAGCAGCAAGGCAGCAAGCUGAGUUGGAGGAGUUGAAGACUCAGUUGGAGAACAACAGCUCUCUGGCUAAUCGUACUUUAAGGGAAGAGAUGGAGAAGAGCAGAGAGGAGCAGGAGAGACGGCACCAGGUGGAAAUGAAGGCUCAGCGGGAACGGCUGGAAAUUGAGAAACAGACGUGGGAAGAAAAUUACAUGAAAAAGGAGGAAGUGUGGCUGCUUACCAGAGAGCGAGAGCUGAAAGAGGAAGUGCGCCGGGGCCGUGAUAAAGAGAUCGAGUUGGCAAUUCAGAGGCUAGAAGAGGAGACGAGCAGUGCCAGAGAAGAAUGCGAGAGAGCUGCUGAAAACCGUGUAAAGCGUGUGAGGGAAAAGUAUGAAGCCGAGCUUCGAGAGCUGGAGCGCUCAGAGCAGGUGGCUCUGGAGAAACAUCAGGAGAUGAAAAAAAAACAGAGUGAGAUGGAAGGAGAGAUUCUCCGCUUGCAGUCCCUUCUCACGCAAAGAGAGCAGGAAAUCACUGAUGUCACACAGAUCCGGGAUAAGUUGUCAGAAGAGAGGCGAAGCCUGGCAGAAGUCAUCAGAGAGGAGUUUGCAGAGAGACUGGUUGUAAUGGAGGAUGAGAACAAGAGGAUGAAGGUAGAGUUGGCCGAGGUACGUGCCAGACUCAGGCUGGAGGUGGAGCGACUCAGCAGAGAGAAAGAAGAACAAUUGGCCGAGGUUCACCAGCGGGUGAAGUCAGCUAUAUUGAAGAAAGAAGAAACUGUGAACACCUUGCGAAAGCAGCAUGAGGCUGCACUGAAGAGAGCAGAUCACCUGGAGGCCCUGUUGGAGCAGCAGAGAAAACAGCUGUUAGGGAAAUGAUUCAUAUUCUUCUCCCAUUUUCUUCAUCACUAGGAGAGAUUGAUAAGGAGGAGGGAGGAGAAGAUGGUUCCACCACAUUACCCCCAGAUGUCAUGACAGUGUUGUAUUUCCCUUGACAACAGAAAUUGAACCAAAAGAAAACUUCUCAGCACAGAAUAGAGCCAAGAGGCUUUUGUCUCGCCUUGGACUAGACCACAAACUUCUCUUGACACACAAACGGAGAAAGAGGAAAAGCAGCAGGCGGAAGGAGAAUGGGAGGUGUGGGGGGUAGGAAUUUUUCUGCCAGAGACAUUUUCUCCAUGUGAGUAGGGUGGGGGUGGGAAAAGCCCUUACUGGCUACAUAAGCCUUCACAAUAAUCACUUUUAGAUGUUUAACACAAUGUGCUGUCCUUUCUUUGGAGCAAAACACUGUGAAAAAGGGAGUGAGAGAGAGAAAGAGAGUGAAAGAGAGAGAUUACAUAGAAAUGAGAAAGUAACAGAAAUAAACAGAUAGCUGUUUCAAAGCUGUUGCCCUGCUCUCAGCUUCUACAGGAAGAGGGAGGGCAAAUGCUCACCCACCUUCCCCUUUGUGUCACAUACAGAUGCCUUUUGUCUCAGGUCUCCCCAGGGCUCAUCCUAAGUAGUGGGAUCACAACACAUUCACUGAAACAUGCAGGCCUUAUGACCAGUCAUGCCCUGAAUGCGAAGAGGUCUAAUCAGAGUUGUUGUAGUUAGGUUUCCAACAGAGAACUAUUCGAGAAACUUGAUAUGUUGAUGGAAAUAGAAAGAAAAGGGAAAAGUUUUCGUAUAGCGAACACGUAGGUAUGUUUUAGGACAGGAGAACGUUGGAUAUAUGACUAGCGUUUACAAUAUGAGAAAGUCCCAAAGUAGAUCUUUGGAAUUCUAAGGUUAGUAAUAGUAAGAAGGCUUUAGGAUGUGAAAAAAAAGAUGGAUAGAUAAAGCAAAGUGCAAAGAACCUUUUUUAGAAGAUUAAGGAAAGUAGAGCUAGCUUUUAAAAGGACAGACUCGGACUACAGUGCGGCAGGUUUCUGUGUAUUCAACACUAAUAGCUUCACCAGGUAAUGUAUACCUCCGAGCCCCGAGACAAAACGCAUUAAUACAUUGAAAAAGGACUAGGGGGCUCAUACACUCAUUUCUCCCCUGCUCCGUUCCCCCCAGAAAGCACCCCCCUUCGCAUUCUCUUCUCUUAUUACACCACUGGGCUUGACAGAUCCGUCUUGGGAUUGCAAGAAACAUGGUUUCUUAAAUUGGCUGCAUUUUAUGGAAUGCACUCUGUUGUUGAAGCCCUGUUGAUCUUUUCCAUGUCUUCAGAAGAACACCUGCUUUUUGGUGUAGAACAUGUGGUGCAGAAAAAUAUAGCCUUUUGUUUCAGCUCUUAAGCUGCUGUUCUCAAAAGGUCACGUAGAACACGACCAAGUGGAAAUUGCCUUUUAUUGGUGGAAACUUGGGCUCAAGUCACAGUUCAAUAUCAAUAUUAGUUGUGAUCUUAUCUUAACCUUAACUUCUUUUUUUUUAAGUACUUGCCCUUGACUUGCUCAGUGCUGAUGCAUUUAAGCAAGUCAUAACCAUUUAUGCCUUCCAUGUGAUGAAAAGGCCUUAUGUUUGACCAUUUUGAAUGUUGUGUAGAUAGUACUGUCCACUUGUACCAUUUUUGGAUGGCUGUGAGUAAAUCAGAUUAUUCUGAUAUUAUAAUAAUAUUUUAAGUGAAAGAUGUCACUUUGGUACCCCCUGAGGCCUAGGAUAAAGCACAAUAAAUUUCUUCAUUAUCACAUUUCCAGCGUUCACAAGCUCCAUUCCCUUAUAGCAAACCAGACUUCAGUAGCAUUAGCAGGAACCCCAGACACUGAGAUCUAUUUCAGUUGUGUAGGUUUUUUUAUAGGGUAUGGAUUCGUACCAUUCCAUCCUUCUCUAAAACACAUACAAAUAAAGUGUGUGUGGGUGUCUAUCUGCUUAAGAUUAACUGAGCAUGUAAUUCGAACCCUAGUUAAAGGUUCAUCUUGAAGGACAAAUAGAGGAAUGGUUCAGUGAAUGUUUUAUCAAGCUUAACCAGCAGAGGAGGGGAGAGCUGUGUAUUCAUGUCCAUGGCCUUUGUAUUCAUUUGGGUUGCAGCAUGGUUGGCAUAGUUGGUACAUGCCAUCUGAAAGGAUUCUGGACUGUCUCCAGAAAUAACUGAAUACAAACAAAACCAGCAGUGUCCUGGUCAGUGUUUAAUUAUGGACCAUGACUGGUGGAAAAAAUAUGACUCAUUGGUUAAAAGUGUGUGUGUGGGGGGGUGUAUUUAUAAAUGGUCUGAAAAAGAAGACAUGAAAUAACACUAACACAUUAUCACAUUCUGUAGGUCAGUGAAAGCUUGCUGCUCAUCUCCUUUUUGUUAAGCAGACAGGAGGUGCAUGCAGUGAAAGUUUGCAGGACAGAAGUGACUUAAAUGAUAAUAUCGUUCUGAUUCAAUUUACUGAUAUUUUUUUAAACCCAGAUGUUUUAUGAAAUUGUUUAUGUACAAAUGGUAUUACUUACAAAAUGUUGCCAAGCCGAUCUGGUAUAUUUGUGGUGGGGGUAAAGCCCUAUCACUUUCAUUCAUGACUAAAGUCUUUUAGGUAAGUUACCAUUAUUUUCCCCCUCAAGUGAAUGAAUUUUAUAUUUCCACUGGUUGGAAUUUAUUUUUGUGCUAUGGGCAGUGAAGGACAUUUCUUGUAUCUAAAACGUUAUUAUGGGUUCUGUACAUGUGCCCUUUUUAGUAGCGCUUAACUAAUAAUUUAAUCACAAGUGUAGUUCUUUCGUCGUUAUGAUCAAUUAUGGUGAUUUGAAAAUGUGAAGCCUUUGACUGUACCUGUACAAUAAAUCCUAAGAUGACUGUUGGCAUCUUCCUUCUUGUGCUCAAGAAACCAUAC